CACCUCUGCCUUCGUACCGCCCCCCAGCUCGGCCACCUCAGGCCCCCGCCCGGCCCGGCCGGGGCUGGGCAGAGCGGCGCGGCCUCCUCCUCCUGCCCCGCCUCGCCGGGGGUCCCGCCCCGAGGCGGGUCCGGGCGCUGGCCCAGCCGCGCUUCGCCACCGGCGGUAGCGGUGGCCCCGGUGGUUCUCCUUCCGCUUCUCACCGGAGCCAACAGCCGGUGGCUCCGCCUCUGCGCGUCGAGUGACUGGCCAGCCGGCCGCGCCGGGUGCGGAGCAAAGGCCAGUAAGGAGCUCCUACUCUUCCAGUGGAUGCUGCACAUCCAUCUGAAGAGACACACACUAACAAGGUUGCUGAAGAAAUUCCCAGUAUAACGUUAGCAGUCUGAAAUCUUUAGCUUGGAUGCAAAAGCCUGUUUUCUCAUCUAAGAUUCCUGCAUCACUCGUUUUGGUUUUUGGCUGAAGAAAUCAAGAAAAGAUGGACUGGAAUGUAAGACCACCGCAGAAUGCUGAUGCAAAGAAGAACCUGCAAAGUGAAGAAGCAUGUUACAAUCAAUUGUUCUCUAAUGCACAUACUUUUCCUCAGACAAAUGCCUAUUCCUCUAAAAAUUCAUGCACUUAUGCUGGCAAUAACCAAAUGGCAUAUCUGCCAACUAGCACCGUUGCCUUCCCUAUUGUAAAUGCUGAAGGAUUCAAAACUUCAGAUCAGGCCUUACCAGGAGCAUCUGUAACUGGUAACGAUUUUUUUGUCUCAAAAUACUUAGUUGAUAGACGUCCACCGUCUUGCCUGCCAAUAGCUCCAAAGCCUCCCAAUCAGACAUCGCGUUUGCGGACAGAGAUCACUCAGACUUCUUGGCCAAACUCUAAUGCCUGCACUUAUUCCCAUAGAAAGUUACCUCCCCCAUCUUCUCAAAUGAACACUGGAAAUAAUGUGAGGAAUGUACUUUGGGAACAUCAGUAUGUCACCACAAACAGUUACACUGUGCAGCCACAAAUACAGCAGCAGAAUUCUAUGAGAACUACAAUAUUAUAUCAAAGUAACAUUAAUUCCCAGAAUAAUUCUAUGUCUCUUGGUACAUCUGGGCAACAUGUCCAAAACCAACUAUAUCAUCCCAACCCUCAAUUUAAAGUUUCACACUCGGUGAAUCAUAAUACUGCAGCAAACGUACAGCUGCUACAGUAUCGGCCAAGUCAGGUGGGAUCAGAAGCUCCUAGCGGAUGUUCUGCACCAUCUUUCUUGCCUGCCAACUGUGAUUCAAGAGCUGCAGCACAACCUUCAAUAGGUGUACCACAGGCAGUUCAAAAUGUGCCUAAUGGAUACACUCUUGGCCAACAGAGGCACCUAUCAGAUCCAAAAACUGCCUCUGGUUUUAACAGUGUUCAGCAGCACUGUCAGAAACAGCAAUCUGGAGAAGUCAGUCAAUCUGUUAGGAAUGCCUGUAAUUCAAGUGGAAAUGUGACAGCAAAUCAGCCUUUUAAUGAAACGUCUGUGCCAUCCUCUGGUAUUCCCAAAGAACUGUAUGAUAUUGUGCAAGAAAUGGAAACUCUUUCUUCGAUGGCUGCUUCAAAGCCACUGAGGGAUUCUGCUUCAGUUCAGGAAAGCCAGACUAGUAAUUUAAUGAAUGGACCUGUUAAUUCUCAAAUUUCUUCAGCAGCAGCAGAUGGAAGACCAAUUACAAAGGACACACUAGCUUGGGAAGCUCAAAGGCUGCUCACUAUUAAAAAAAAGUGUAUCCUGCUUGAAAGGAUGCAUAAUUAUAGAAGAAAACUCUUAGCAGCUUCAGGACAUGACAAGAGUACUCCCUCACCUCUUCCAAGUUAUCAAAGUAGUCUUGCUAAUGGGCAUUGGGUGCCCAACCAAAAUGUACUGCCUUCGCCAUCUGAAACAGCCAGGACAGAGAGUCAAAUACUUAACUCUUCACCUGAAGAAAGAAAUGACAAAAACAUAGCCAAUGCUGAUAACAGAGGAUUAGAGGUGACUCAAAGUAACCCUCAGGUGGAGCAGGGAAGCCAUUCAUCAAGCUCUGCUCCUGUUCUCUCUCAGAGCAAACUCCCAGCUCAAUUAAAUAAUACUGAGCCCACCCCCAUCUCAGAACAAAGCAAUGCAGAUGCCUUGGCCUCUUCUCAAAAAACUGUGACAUCCUUGAACAAUGCUUCAUGUUUUAAUCGAGUGGAUAAUAGCUCUAUUAAAAUUGCAUCAAAGAAUGCGCCAGCCAACCCCAAGAACUCAUCAUUUCUUCAGUUCGUAUUGAGCAGCACAAAUGUACUGAAAGAGAAGACAGCUGGUGCUACUGCUGAUAAAAUACUAACUAGCCUCCUGUGUAGUGAAAAACCGCUGGUAGAUAUACCUGUCUUGGGUGGAAGUGAGGAGAAUGUAGAAAGUUUGAAAGGUGAGCAGGCAUUUAUGGUUCACACAAACUGUCCUGUACCAGAAACAACUAAAUCUGGUGAAACUAAAUUCCAGAGUGAUGUAGCUCAGAAAAAAACGCCAUUUACCGAAAAUACGUCUUUUAAACAAAGCAACUAUGGUUAUUCUGUGGAAGAGCUAACUGCAUGCCUGGGCUUGUGGAGAAAGCAUCCAUCAGAACCUGUAAGUGUGCAAAAUACCCAGUCAAAUGAAACCUCCACAGCAAAUCAGAUUUCACCUUACAGCCAAAACACAAAAAAUGGAGAACAAAAUAAUGUUCAGGUUAGUACAGACGAAGCAGUUUUGCCUGUAACAACUGCUUCUGUAGGACAAAAACUUGAUACAUUGAAUUGCAAUUUGAUAAAAAAUUUUGAACUUCAAGUUGCAGUUGUCUCUCCUUUGGUACUUUCUGAACAGAAAACACAGAGUGAGCAGGUAGACAAAUGUCCAACGUCUGCAGGUAAAAUCUACCCAGUGAUUGAUUCAGGAAGCACAUGUAGCUUGCAAGAAGAGGGGAAAAACGGUUUAAGUGUGGUAAAUACCAGUAAAGGAACAAUAGAAGCUGUUCGGUUGUCACCCAGCGAUUGUGUUCUGGUACAGAAAGUGGACUCACAAUUGCAACAGACCAAAUUAACUGAUAGAAACAGAAUAGUAAAAAACAGUGUGAGUGCAAGUGAUUCAUGUGAUGAAAACCAAAGGAAAGUUAGUCAAUCGGCACAAAACGCUAGAGAAAAUCUGCAACUUGGAUUACAAAACAAGCCUUCUCCUGCAUUGGGCAUAAAUUCUUCUAGUCAAACCUUUCCAGAAGGUAUAAGAGACCAUAAUAACAAGCAAGGUGUGUUAGAGACAGGAGAUACAGCCACAGCUGUGUUGGAAGAACGUAUGUUUUGUAUUUCUAGUGUAUGUUCUCUUGUUGAAGGUGAUACAUCUUAUAAUCCACAAAUAGCAAGUAUGUUCAGGUCAGUCCCUGAGACACAGGCAUUAAAUGGUACCUCAUCAGAAGGAAAUGCAUCUGACCCAAGGCAAACGGAGCAACGUCUGGACUUGGAUAAAAAUGAGCUGAGCAAUAUCACUCCCCAAAGAGACAGCUUACUGCAAAAGAUGUUGGUAGAAUCACCAAGCUGCACGAGUGAAGCAGGUAAAAUUUUGGAUGGUAUCACAACUAGUCAGUGGGAGAAAGAAAGCAGUGGCAAUCCUCUUAAAACAAUUUCUGCCUCAGAACAAAAAAUGUCAUUCAAUGCAUCUUUCAAGCAUCCUGAAAAUGACUUGGAAAUUCUUGCUAGUAUAAACCAGGAGUUAGCUCAAAAUUCACUAGAUCUCUUGAUUGGCGUAACUGCUGCAAGAAAUACUUCCACUGUUCCAAGAGACAACAGUAAAGAAAACUGCAUGUCUGGUAAAUAUAGCACAGAAAAAGAGAUUAACCUUUUUGGAGCAGAACCUAUUAAAUGUCUAAGUGAUCAGCUGUCUGAACUAGUGAAAGAGUUUCCAUAUGGCAUUGAAAAUGCAGAUGUGCUAACAAAAGAAGCAGUACAAAAUGAUUCUGUGGCUGAGCGGAUGGAGAAUCAACCUCAAAAAGAGAGUCAAAUUUGUGACAAGAAUUCUCAUUUGAAGGACCCAGUAGAUCAGAUAAAAAUUGUAGUGUUAAGCUCUGAUCAGAUGCAAGAACUGCUGCCUGAACACAGCCACUGUUCCUCUGGUGACAGCAAGAGAGUAGGGAGUCAACAGUCAGAAAAGGCUUCAGCUGAGGGGGAGAACCUUGAAGGCAGUAUUCAGCCUAGCCAGAGUCUAUGCGAGCAGAAAAAAAAACUACAACAAGCCUCUAACCCCAGAAAAAGAAGAAAUAAAGAUUGUUCUUUAAUGUGUUGUUUAUCUGGAGCAUGUGGAAUGCCCUGUGAAUUUGGAAUGUCUGGUUCAGAGGAAACUAACGAUCAACUUUCAAAAACUGAAAAUACGAGCUCGGCAGAGAUACAAGAAAACAAUGGUAAAUCUGAUGCUGUAAUGAAGAACAACUGUGCAGUGGAAAACCUGCCAAUUUCUGAAAAAAAUCCAAACAGUGUUAGCAAAAAUGAAAAAGACAGUUGCAAAUACACCUCUGUAAUGAACAAAGAUGCUAGGCUAAAGGUGAAUAAUGAAUACAAACCGCUUACAACACAACAGGGAAAAAAAGGACCACUUAAUUCCUCUGAAAACCAGGAUGCUGAUAAAUCUAAAAGGAGCAGCUGGAAGGAAGAGCUGCAAGUCGACAGAGGAACCCCAUUGUUGGGCAUAGAAUUUCAUUCUGACAAAAAAGAACAUCAGACAGUCUCAGAAGAGUUGUCGGAGAAAGCUGGUCAUACAGAUGCAGACAAGGUGACAAAGUUAUCCAAAAUGAAAAGGAGAGUUUUCAAAAGGGAGUGCUGUUCAAAAGAUAAAACCAAAACAGGUUUGGCCAUCAAAUCCAAAACAGACAUUGACAAAUUUACAAAGUCAGGAACUGUUGAAAUGAAGCCCGCUAAAGUCAAUCAAGGACAAAAAAUUAAAACCUGUGAAGAGAACUCAGCUGAAGAGCAGAACUGUAGGAAACAAAAGGAGAUACUUGGGCAAGAUGUAGAAACUAACAUCAAAGAGAAAGCCAAUUUAUCAGCAGAAUUAGAAUACAAAAAGCUGAAUAGUUAUUGUGCUGAUGCUAUAAAGUUCCCAAAUCUGGGCACUGUAGACUUAAAAUCAAGAAACCACAAAUAUCCUCAGCCUAAAUCUAUGAAAGUUCAUUCUUCACAGGAGCAGUUGUACAAACGGAAGAGGAAGGAAAAUAUGAUUGGGAAGAGAGAUGUUAAGAAAACAAAGGUGGAAGAGGAAAGACUGAAUCAAUCUGAAGCAAAGAAUUCCAAGCAGCUUUCACAUAAUUGCAUGAUAAAUACUGACAAAGCUAAAAAAUUGAAUGGAGAAAAUGGCCGGAAACCGAAGAGUUCAUUAGCAGAUCGCUCUGUGCUUAAACUACAGAGAAAAAGAGCUCAGUCUUCCACCAUCUCCAAAAACUACUUUUCUAAUAAAGAGAGACGUCUCGAUGGUCAAAACAAAGACAAGUGCUCUGAGAAAAUGUUUCCUGAUAAAAACCUGCUGUACUUAAAUAGAAGAAAUAACAGAUUAAAAUUGCAUCUUCAAAAGGAACCGAAAAAACACUACCUGAACAGAGUUGCAUUUAAACGUAUGGCACACGAACGCAUCUAUUUGACAAAAUUGGAGACGUCACCUGUCAGACCUGUCUGGCAUCGUAAGGCCAAAGUGUCACAGAACAGCCCAGAUGUGAAAAGAGAUGCUUCUGUCUCAGAAGUCGACAAAUCGUGCAAACAGGAGAUACUUGAAUUUAAGCUGUGUCCAGAGAUACUGUUCAGAAAUCCAACCACCGAUGAAGAAAGCUCAACUGCAAAGAAUUCCCUGGAGAGAGAGAAAGCCAUUGUGGCAGUUUUCUCUUUAGGUGUCAAGAGUAAAAAAGAAGAUUGGUUAAAAUGUGAUUCAGUGAAGCAAAAAAAGCUGGAAGAGAUCUCUACAGUUGGCGCGAGCUGAUCCCUGCCCGCUCCUGCCUGUUGUUCAGAAAUGUCUGCAGAUGGUGCAGUGAGAAGUGCAGAGACACAUCUGGAAUUUGCCUCGGAACCCGGCCUUCAUCAUUUGAAAGAACAAACGCUCACCCUGGCGUUGUACAGUUCUGCCCUGUCUCUGGGUAUCGGCAGGGAGCUGCUUUAGUGGCUAGGACGACGGGAUGUCCUGUGGUCUGUGGAACAGGUAAAUGUGAACUUUCACGUGUAUCAACAGGUCUGCAACAUUCAGCAUGAAGUAUUGUUUAGAGAACAACUUAUUUCUGACAUAAUUCCUAACUCAAGGAAGAGACGCGUUAAUACAGAGCCGCCCAGUGAAAACAUCCCAUCUGUGUGAUGUGGAGAAAAUUCAACAAAAGGCGGCAGAGACCUUUGUCUUUAAAGGCUUUUUUUAAAAUUCACCCUGCCAGUCAGUGCCUCACGCUCCGAAACCGUAAGUGUUUAGAGGUUAACUGCAGUCAGAGGAAGCGGUUUAGCCACGCUAAACUAAUCCUGAACUGCGACAGCCUGCCAGGUGUAGGCGGGAGGGUGUUUGAGGAGUGGUGCCUCUGGCAGUGCCUGCUCCCAGAGUCCCAGCAUCCCCAUCCUCAUCCCUGAGCCGCAAGCCUGGCAGCUUGUGAUGCUGUGCACUGAACCAGGUCAGGGAAGUGAUCCACCGGCAAAUUUUGGUCACCUGUAAUAUUUUUUGCUUUUCUCUCUUAAGAAGAUCACUGGUUAAAAAUAAAACAGGGAGUCUUAGAGCAGCUAAUGUAACCUCUACCUACAUUUACUGCAUGCAGUCAUUACAACCACAGCUGAUUAAUAGCAAUAGUUUAAAAGAAACUUUGCUUAAUAGUGAGGUUUCUUUUCCUCUUAGGCUGCCAACAGCUUUCCCGUAUACAAUCUCAUUUUUCAACAUGAAGUUUUGUCUACCAGGCUGGCUAUAAUAGGCCUCUCACUUCAUUUUUUUUCAGUGCUUAGUCACCUAAGUAAGUUUUCUCUUGAUAUUUUUAUUCAAGCUUUUCUAUUGAGACAGCAGAAUCUGGAGCGCAUGAAGCUGCAGACUGAAGAGGAAGCCGCACGCUGGGGCAAGCGUUUGGCCUGUCAGGCUUGUCUCAAGCAGCUCAUUUCCCAACAUCUAUUUCCCAUGAGUAUGGGAGCAGCAACCUACCAUUGAGCGCAUUUCCUGAGGGGCCAGGAAGGGAGGACCCAUUUCAGUCGCCGGUCAUAUCCCCAGACAUUGCUGACAAGGAUCAGGUGGCAGGUUGCCACCUCUGAAGUUUGCGCUGGGUGGACAAACCCUUCAUUCUGUCUCUGAUCCACCGACAAUUCCCUUCUCAGAGAGUCACUGAAGUCUUACACAUUUCCCAUACAUUUUCUGAUUUUAUUUUCUUCGUAUUGUCACAUUGCCAAAGCCAUCCUUCCAUCCCUCUUUUUUAUUUUUUUUUAUUUUUAUUUUUCUAGUUCCCACCUGUCACAGGUGGAAAGGAAACACCAGACAACGCGAUACUGCCAACCUCAACUUACUUAGUUCACCAAGUGAGGGACAGGCUGUCUCAGGAAAAGCUACACACAAGAGCAAGCACACACACAGAGAAUUAAUGGAGACCUUCACCGUGCCCAGUGAGUUAGCACCGUCAAGCCCAGGGGAACAUGACACUCGCUCUGUCCAGCCUGUCUCCACGUUGGGCUCUGCGUAGCAGCUCAGCACCAACAUGUGAUGGUUCCACCUUGAGCGUGAGGUGUUGGACAUCUGAAGAGCAAUGCCUCCCCCCCAGUCUCUGUUACUCUCUAGUGCCAGGGAACUUACAGCCAGAUGUCGAUGCAGGCCACUAGCCAAAUCUGUCUGCAAUACCAUUUUCCCAGCAGUUUCAGAUAUUGUUCUCCAGUCACUUGUUGAUCCACGGCCUGUCCCAAGGCUCAUCACACUCAGUCAUUUGCAUUAGCCUAUUAACCACAGCUCAUUAUGCUCAGUAACACAACCCUUGAUCAAGGCAAAGUCACGAUGCUCCAGUAAUAUCAUUAUUUAUAAACAAGUAUAUAAAUAAAUGUGUGUCUGUGGGUAUUUAAGCCUUGCUUUGUAUUUACUUAACACCAAAUCUCAACUGCUUAUUGCAAAAGACAAUGAAAAAAAUAUUCUGCUUGUCCUUUUCUUUGGCUUACCUUGAAGCAUAUGUGUGAGUGUGCGUCUGUUCCAGCUUUCCAUGGAUUGGAGUCAA